UCAUAAUAAAAAUAGAUAGAUACAUAGAACAUUAAGUAAGUGGAAUGCUGAAUAUAUAUUGAUUUCAAUAUUAAUUAAAAUCAAUUGGUUGCAAAGCAAGAGCCUAUAUAUUAAUUUGUGAAGUGGCAACAAAUAAAUUGAGUGUUGACAUAACAAAUUAUAAACAGUACGACAGUAGUAAGAAAGUAAACCUGAACGAUGGAGCAACAGUAUGAUCAAAAGAAUGCCGAGAAUCCUAGAGAGAAAGCAAGUUUUUUGUCUAUAAUUACCUUUUUUUGGACAAUAGACCUUUUUAAGAAGGGAUAUAAAAAAGAUCUAGAAGUAGAAGACUUAUAUAAGCCACUGAAAUGUGACGAAUCUGAAAAACUUGGAGAUCGACUUGAGAAGAACUGGAAUAGACAAAUCAACAAGAGUAAUAGUAAGCGACCAUCACUUAUAAAAGCAAUCACGAAGACAUUUUGGCGUGAAUAUUUAGUUCUGGGAGUGUAUGAAUUCAUAAAUGAUAUUGUUGUACGACUGUCACUACCGUUAUUUUUGGGAAGACUGCUAGAUUACUUUAGUCCAAGUUCAAAUUUGUCUAAGGAAUCGGCCUUUUUUAAUGCUGGAAUGUUGAUUGCACUUAAUGCUCUUGGUGCUAUUACAAUUAAUCAGUUUCUUAUUACAAGCUUCUCAAAUGGAAUGAAAGUGAGAUUAGCAACAUGUUCCUUAAUUUACAGGAAGUCGUUAAGACUCUCCAGUACAGCUUUGGGGAAUACGUCAGUUGGAAAAGUUGUCAACUUGUUAAGUAAUGAUGUCUCUCGUUUUGAUAUUGUCUCUGUAUUUCUACAUUGUCUAUGGCUAGCUCCAUUGCUUACAAUUGUAGUCGGUGUACUUUUGUAUUUACAAGUUGGAUAUGCCGGACUUAUAGGAAUGUUGGUGAUUGCUGUGGUUACACCACUUCAAUCAUACACAGGCAAAUUAUCAUCGAAAUUUAGACUUCAAACUGCUAUUCGUACAGACGAAAGAGUUCGUCUAAUGGAUGAAAUAAUUAAUGGCAUUCAAGUCAUCAAAUUAUACGCAUGGGAAAAAUCAUUCAAGAAACUCAUAGGAUGGGCACGUGAGAAGGAAUUGAAAGUCAUCAAAAAGUCGUCAUAUGUUAGAGCUUUAUAUAUGACAUUCAUGUUGUUUACUACACGCUCAGCCCUUUAUUGUACAAUGAUGGCAAUCGUAGUGUUGGGCGAUGAGUUGACGGCUUCAAAAGUUUUUGUCAUCUCAUCAUUGUAUCAAAUUAUAUCUAGCGUGUUAUCUCAAAUGUUUGUUCGCGGAAUCGCUGAAAUUGCCGAGGCUCUUGUUGCUAUGAGAAGAUUACAAAACUUUUUAGAACAUGAUGAAAAAGUUGAAUACAGUAAUGAUCGAUUCAUUUCCGAUAAAAUGUUUAAUGAAAACGGAAAAAGUAUGAAUGGAAAUGUAGAAACUCCUGCAAAUGUUAUCUUAUCAAUGGACGAUGUUUGUUGUAGAUGGAAAACUAUGGAAGAAAGGGAAAACGCUUCUGGAGAUAAAGAUGCAGAAGAUAAAAAUGAAUAUAAAUUAACAUUGAAUAAAAUUAAUUUAAAAGUUAAACGUGGGAGAUUAGUAGGUAUUCUAGGUCACGUUGGUGCAGGAAAAUCAAGCCUUUUACAAACAAUAUUACGCGAACUGCCAAUUGAAAGUGGAAAAAUGUCUAUAAAGGGUAAAAUAUCAUUUGCACCGCAAGAAGCAUGGGUGUUCUCAGGUUCCAUUCGUCAAAAUGUUUUAUUUGGAUGUGAGAUGGAUAAAGAUCGAUAUGACAAAGUAGUAACUGCAUGUGCCUUAAAUAAAGAUUUUGAAAUGUUUGCACACGGAGAUAUGACUCUAAUUGGAGAACGAGGAUCAUCAUUAUCAGGUGGUCAAAAAGCGCGUUUAAGUUUAGCGAGAAGUUUGUACAGGGAUGCUGAUUUAUAUUUAUUUGAUGAUCCAUUAUCAGCUGUUGAUGCUCACGUUGGAAAGCAUUUAUUUGAAAAUUGUUUAUCAAGGAGUGGAUUUUUGGGCAAGCAACAUUCGACUAGAAUUCUCGUAACUCACCAAGUUCACUUCCUUAAAGAUGCAGAUUGGCUUGUUCUAUUAAAAGAUGGGAAAAUUGAAAAGCAAGGAUAUGCUCAUGAAAUAUUGAAAGAUGGAAAUAUCAUAAAUGAAAUAGCAGAGGAAGUGGAAACGUUUAGAAGGCGAUCACUAAGUAGAUCUUCAUCAAAAUCAUCCUCGUCUGUAAAUUCCGUUGAUGACAAGGAAAUUGAGCAAGAAAAUGAGGUGGAAGAAAAGGAACAAGAAGUUCAAAAAAAUGUCGAAGAAUCAUCGAAAGGAAAAAUUAAAGGAAAUGUGGCAAUGAAUUAUCUAAGAGCUGGUGGCAAUACUAUAAAAAUCAUAUUUGUAUUUUUCCUGUUUCUUCUAACUCAAGCGAUCGCAUCCACAUCUGAUUAUUUUGUGGGAUUUUGGACACAUCAAGAAGAAAUGAGAAGAUUUUAUGCAUCAAACAGUAGCAUUGAAGAUGACAAUUCCACUUUAGCUACUGAUUCAAGUGAAAAUGAACCAGUUGAGAGAAUAUUCGAUAGUGAUGCGUUGGUUUAUUUUGGUGGAAUUUUAAUUGUUGCUUUAUUUUUCAUUGCCAUUAUACGAUCAAUAUACUUUUACACAAUCACGAUUGCAGCCUCGAAAAAUCUUCAUAAAAUGUCAUUUAAUGGAGUAGUUUCUACAAAGAUGAGAUUUUUUGAUCUUAAUCCAUCAGGGAGAAUAUUGAACAGGUUCAGCAAAGAUUUAGGUGCAAUAGAUGAGUGGCUGGCAAAAUGUCUUUUGGAUGCUGUUCAAGUGGUUCUCAUGGGAUUGGGUUCAAUUGUGGUCACAGCUGUUAUUAAUCCAUUAUAUCUAAUACCUGUUGCAUUUCUCUUCAUCAUUUUCUCCUUUUUACGAAAAUAUUUCCUUAAAACAUCGAAAAAUCUCAAGCGACUUGAAGGAAUCACAAAAUCUCCAGCAUAUGUUCAUUUAGCAGCAACAAUCAAUGGAUUGAGUACCAUUCGUGCUUUUGGUGCACAAGAUAUACUUAAAAAAGAAUUUGAUCAGCAUCAGAAUUUGCAUACUGGAGCUUGGUUUAUGUACAUCAAUGUAUCACAAGCAUUUGGAUUUACGCUUGAUGUGUUGUGCAUGAUUUUUGUUUGCUGUGUAACUCUGAGCUUUUUGAUAUUCGAUACAAAAGAUUUAAGUGGUGCUUCUGUUGGUCUAGCAAUAACACAAUCAAUGGCUUUGACGAUGAUGUUGCAGUGGGGUAUACGCCAAAGUGCUGAAGUUAUGAAUCAAAUGAUGGCUGUAGAACGAAUUUUGGAAUACCGGGAGCUAGAACCAGAGCAAAAAGAAGUGAAGAAAGUAGCUGAUAAGAGCUGGCCACAAGAGGGUAAAAUUGAAUUUAGGAACGUAGUGUACAGCUAUGCUAAGGAAAUGGAACCAGCUUUGAAAGGAUUAACAUUUACGGUUAAUCCCGGAGAUAAAAUUGGAAUUGUUGGACGAACUGGAGCAGGAAAGUCAUCACUAAUUGGAUCAUUGUUCAGAAUAGCAGAAUUAGAAGGUGAAAUUAUCAUAGAUGGAAUUGAAACUGGUGCCUUAAGUUUAGAGCAGUUGAGAUCACAAAUAUCUAUAAUUCCUCAAGAUCCUGUUCUCUUCUCAGGCACGAUGAGAAAGAAUUUAGAUCCAUUUGAUGAUUAUCAAGAUGAUGCUUUAUGGAAAGCAUUAGAGGAUGUAAAAUUGAAAGACAUUGAAGGAUUGAGGAUACAAGGACUCCAAUCUUUAGUGGCAGCAGGAGGUAGUAAUUUUAGUGUUGGACAGCGGCAGUUAAUUUGCUUGGCAAGAGCCAUUUUACGUCAAAAUAAAAUUCUGGUUCUUGAUGAAGCUACUGCUAAUGUUGAUCCUGAAACUGAUGGGUUGAUUCAACAGACAAUCCGAGAAAAAUUCAUAAACUGUACUGUCUUGACAAUUGCACAUCGUCUUCAUACUGUUAUGGAUUCUGAUAAAAUUAUAGUAAUGAAUUUCGGAAAACUAGCAGAAUACGAUACGCCUGAAAAUUUGCUUAAAACUGACGGAAUAUUCAAAAGUAUGAUUAACGCAGCUGGUUCCACAGAAUCUAAAAAUUUGAUGUCCUUGAUGAAGAAAAAUUUGUAAGAUAGAGUAGUUGGAAGGGAUUGUUAAAUUUACUUAAAAAGCAUUUCUAAGAAAUGUGGAUAAAAAUCUCGCAAAAAUUUCGAUUGGCAUGAUUCGAAAAAAUCGAAAUUCGCAAAAUUCUA